AUGGGAAACACUGUUAAAUUUGAAAGAUUCUUCCCUAAGCCCUGGUGUCUUGGUGGUGACUUCAAUAAGAUCAGAAAUUUAGGGGAAAGAAUUGGAACAUCAAGAAGGGAUAGGGGCAUGAAAGAGUUCAAUGACUUCAUAGAUAGGUGUGAGGUGGUAGAUGUGCAAAUGAUAGGAAGAAAAUAUACAUGGUGCAAUGCUCUUAAUGGAAACAAAUGGAGUAGGAUUGACAGAUUCCUUAUUAAUCCAGAGUGGAUGGAGAGAUUCAAGUUCAAACUUUGGGGUCUUCCAAGAGUAGCAUCUGAUCACUGCCCAAUUGUGCUCAUGGAGGAUGAAAAGGAUUGGGGGCCUAAACCUUUCAAGUUUUUGAAUGCUUGGCUUUUGCAUCCUAACUUUGCUUCUUUUAAAGCUGUACAUCUGAAGCUGACAUUGAAAAAAUGGAGUAAAGAGGUGUAUGGUAAUGUAGCAUCCAAACUCCAAGAGUCUGAAUAUGAACUCAAUGAGCUGGAUCUGAUAGCUGAAUCCAAGCCUUUGGAGGAUGAGGAAUUGAAGUUAAAAAGAGAGACCAGAAAUGAAAUGUGGAGGCUGAACAGGAACUUGGAAUGGAAAUGGCUUCAAAAAUCCAGGUUUGACUGGAAUUUGAAAGGAGAUAGAAACAAAAGAUACUUCCAUGCCAUGGCAAAAUAA